AUGAAGGAGCAUUGCCGCUCCUUCUCCCCGAUUGUCGUUGGUAUCAUUGAACCCAAAAAGGGUCUUCACAAAGUUUCGAACAAUUACUGGCACUCUCUCAAUCUUUCUCCUCGGCACCAGAAUUGUAGGGCGCCUCGUUGGCCUAAUAUUUGGUUCCUUGCGCAACCGACGGUGGUUACUAAUAUUAUUUUCUCCUCGGAACAGGCUAUUGUUUCUGACUGUUUAUGGCAGAAUAUCAACUUCAGGGUUGCCGUGGUUCAUGGUGCUAACGACUCUAUCCUCCGGCGAGAUCUUUGGUAUGAUCUUCUUCAUUUUGUAGAUGGUCAAACUUUCUUCAUUGGUGACUUUAACGCGGUUAAAGGAGCGCAUGAGCGUUUUAGCUCGGUUAUGCCCUCCCGUGCUUCUUGUUCAGAGUUUUGCAGAUUUAUAGAUGAUACGGGUUUUCUUGAACCUCAAUCCACUGGCCUUCAGUUCUCUUGGUCUGGCCGACGCUUCUUGCCAACGCAUGUGGAGUCCCUGUUGGACAGGGCGCUUAUCUCUCCUACCUUCGCUGAUCUUUGGAGUUCGGUCAUCACUCAAGUGCUCCCCAGAACCUCUUCCGAUCACUCUCCCAUUGUGCUCCGUUGCAACUCGCUUACAACUCCUGGGAGGAAAUUGUUUCGGUUCUUGAAUAUGUGGACUGCCCAUCCGGAUUUUUUGGAGGUUGUGGGAACUUCCUGGAAAGAGAGUGUCAACACGCCUUGCCCUAUCCUCAUGGUUAUGCUGAAACUUAAGCGGCUUAAGGGAGUUCUCCGUGCUUGGAAUAAAACUGGGUUUGGUCACGUGGACAUGAAACUUGCUGAUCUGCAAAACGAUUUACUCAGAAUUCAGGGUUGUAUUUCUCGUGAAGGGUACACGGACUCCUAUUUCGAUGAGGAGAUCUCGAAACAAGCGGAGAUAAGCACGAUGCUCUCUAGAAAAAAUGUUCACAUGCAGCAGCAAAGCCGGAUUGCUUGGCUUAAUGACGGCGAUAGGAACACUGCGUUCUUUCACAGAAUGCUGAAGUAUUGCCACUCUGGCUUGAUGAUCAGCCAUCUUGACAUCGAUGGUGUGGCUGAGUACGAUCAAUCUGCCAUUGAAUCUCACAUUGUGGAUCACUUCACUACGCUGUUCUCGCAAGGGGAAGCGGAUGAGAUUGAUUUGGCUCAUCUGGAAGCUAAUAUUGAUCUGCAGGUUUCUUUGGAGCAGAAUAAAGAGUUGAUAGAGAUUCCCUCGGAUUUGGAGAUCUCUAAUUCGGUCCUUAAUAUGGACGCCCACAGCGCCCCAGGCCCUGAUAGCUUUGCCGGCAUGUUCUAUCACACGUGCUGGAAUAUUAUUAAAGAGGAUAUUAUUAGAGCGGUACGUUGUUUUUUCCUCAAUUCAUACAUGCCGAAUGGAUGCAAUGUUAAUACUCUCAUCUUGAUCCCGAAAUCGGAUUCGGUUUCCACGGUGUCGGAUCUUCGACCGAUAAUCCUCUCGAACUUCUUUUUCAAGAUCAUCUCCAAGAUUUUGGCGGUUCUUUUAAAUAAAGUGGCUUCAGUAACGGUUUCUCCUAAUUAA